AUGGAAAUUUGGGAAAAAUUAAUUGAUGCUGGUACAAGUUUUAAAGACAUCAGCAGUUUUAAAAAGACUAUUUCUUCUGCCCGAAUUGUACUUGCAAAUGACUUAACUGACUUUGAAUCAGAUUGGUUUGUAUCGACGUUGCUCCAUCAGCCAGUUAAUCUCCUAGACACUCUCCAGAAGAAGCGGGGAGACUCAGUGUGGAUCGAAUCUAUUGUGGAUGCCCUGGCUCUUCUAGCAAAUUUAUUACAAACUCAUAAUGGAUUACACCUUUAUUAUCAUCAGAUUGUGCAGGUGUGUUCAAUGGUAUCCGAUGGAGCCUGCCGUACCCCUGCGCUAACAUGCUUAUUACAUACAAGUCACCAUAGUGCCGCUCCUGCCAACCUACAGCAUCUAAUAGCUGAGUUUGAGUGCCCUCGUGUAUCAAGCCGUGGUCCUCUUGGACUACUUAUUGGGUCAAUUUGCCGGUCAUGGCCGCAAGUAAUAGAGGAGCAAGGUGAGCGAGUAUGGCGGGUUUUCCUACAAGUAUUGGAAGAUGAACAGCUGUCAGGGACUGCCAGAGCUGCAGUACUGGAAGGUGCAAGUGGCAUAUUAUCAGCAUGUGGGCCUGAGCUACCCACUGCUGAUCUUUUAGGAUUCUAUAACUUGCUUCGUACUACUGUAUUUCUUCACCCACGAUGUCAUACUGUAUGCAUGCGCAUUUUACGGUGUCAUGUGUCGCUGUUCAGCGAACGAGCUUGUGAGGAUACAACGUUGCGAAUGCGUUUAUGGGAACUCGGGGUCGAACCUGCGUAUCGCGCGCUUUCCGCCAUUUACCACCAGAUGGCGCGCAAUCGUCAGCUAUACCCUACGCUGGCAGCUGAGGUGCUAAAGUACGCUGGAGCCUCGCAGGCCGCAGCGCGUGUUGUUGCCUUGCGAGCGCUUUACGAGUUACAUACAUUGCCGGAUAGCAAUGUGGUUUCACCCCUCUGUUACAUACAUGUUCCUAAACUUGAGUGCAAGCUGCGGGGUGACGUUCAAAAUGAUGACGUUGUACUAAUAGCGUGGUGCAUAGAAACUGGGGUGUCGGGGGCAUCAGAGCUCGUCAGUGCUUGGAUAGAGCGCAAUACUCCGCUAUUGUCUAGCAGAGAGCAGCAGUUGGCGCGAGCUGUCUUAGCUUCGCCAUAUUUUUUGAGAAAGUGGACAAUUCACGUGAUCGUAACUGAAAGUUGUCGUUCAACUGGACGUCAACGCAGUAUAACACUAUGCCAGUACUUGUUCGACGUAUCGAGUGAAAAUAAUUCGGAAAAUGAGUCGGAUAGGUUAUAUGCGAUGGCCGAGAUGCUAGAUAUUCUGGUGGAGGAAGUUCUUAAUGUUGUUGGUGGCCAUUCUACGGAUUGCAGGAAAGAGGGUGAUUGUGAGCCGAUAGCAGGAAUAAGCGCACUAGUAUGUGUAGCGUUAUGUAGUGGAAACAGCGGGGCGGCGGUAGCUGGGGCGAGGCUAGUGGGUGCACUAUCAAGAUGUGGGGUCCGUCAUCCUGCCGCUAUACCAGCAGCGUUAUCCGCUGCCCUAGCGUCUCCACUAGCGCCGUCCACAAUUGAAUUGAAGACAUUGCGGGUGGAGGCGUUGCGUGACGAAGAAACGCAAUGGCAAUGCUGUAAAGUUGUCUGUAGUUCUGGUAUUGCACCACCACAGUUUCUGGCUAACUUCACACUGGCUGCUGCCGAGAUUGUCCUAAGUAGUGGACGCGCUGAAACGACGCUCUUGUGUGCGUGUGUUCGUACACUGGCCGCUUUAGUACGCACACACCGGGACAUUAUCGAUAAAAUAUUGCUUAAUGAAGUGAGUAAACGUAUAGCCGAGUUACCCGCACGUAGCUCCGCCAACUCCCGAAUUGAACGUGAAUUGCGUCGAGAAAUCCUCUUAUUCCUUGGGCAAUGUCCGCUCCAAGCAUCAGAUAAACUUGUUCGUCACGCUACAUAUGACAUAGACCUGGGAAAGCGUGACAUUGCAAGUGCGUUGGAAGCCGCUACCCAUACUCCAUCAUUGAAAGCGGAAGAAGCGCAAAAGAUGGCGGAUUAUCUUUCGAAAAUAUUGCGCUCUAAAGGACCAAGUGAUCCGCCUAUUUCUAUUUUAAUAUGGCUGGCUCGGUCUGGGGCAGAUUUGCUACCAUUUGCGGCCAUAUUUCCGCAACAGGCUCUCCCUGAGCUUUUUCAGAGCGUAGAACGCGAGCGUAGUGCGGUGACACGUAAAGCGCUGGCAGCGCUCGCGACCGCUGUACUCAAAACUCUACCGCCUGGGGAUCAAGAGAUGCAGCUGCGUUUUUUACUUACUACUUUCCAAGAUUCAACACAAGAGGGACGCUUAGAAAUUCUGUUAGCGGCAUCACAAGCAGUUCGCGAUGAUAGCGUAUCUCUACGUGCAGCAAUCCUAAAAGCACUUGCAGUCAAUGGUGGCUUACACCUGACUUCAUCACCUGUAUCGUGUGUUCCACCUGCGGAUGUCAUUAGCUCCCUACUCUCCGAUUGUACUGAUCUGGUGGUGGAGGCAAUCGAUGAUAAUUGCAACUUUGGAAGGUUGCUGAACGUCCUCAAUGAGAUAAGAGGAUCCCCUGGGUUGAGUCGGCGGGUUUGUUCGAUCCGGGAUGGGAUUGUGCCAAGAAAGUUGUUCGCGCUAGAAUGUACUGCGCCGGACGCCUUUCAGUUCAUCGCUUGGAAUGCCGAAGUUUUGAUGGAAAUAAAUUCUGUGGCAACGAUAGAAACAGUUUGUAAAUUAAUAGAAAGCGUCAAAAUUGAUGAUAUCCGAGCGAUACGGAAUCUCGCGGAAUGCGUUCAAAGAGUAAGGCUGGAGAAUUCUGAUGUGAACAAAUUGUAUGAAGCAAGCGAGAAUUGGCUUAGGAAGCAGAAUUUGUGCGAAGUAACGAGAGAACUUAGGAGAUAUGUGUUUAAGACUGAGCGGUGGGAGGUCGUUCAAGGCGUUCUAGGUAUGAUAAAGGCUACCGGAGUUAAGUCAGACGUAGUGGGAGAAGAAGCGGUUAAUUGGGCUAAAGCGGUGCGGGAAAUUUACGAUGCGGGUAUAGAAGGUUAUGCCCCACACAAACCCUACUUGAUGGAUGUUUUGUGCGUUGCUCUACCCGCAUUAAAUAAUCAAGAUUUUGAAGAACUGUUUGAUGAUGACGUGAAUUUCUGCAAAUGGGCUGUUCCGGCGUUGGUAUACCUCAUAGAGCAGAAAGGAAACGACCAACCACUGAAAAAAUCCCAAAUCGUGGAACUCCUACCACUGUUAUGUAAAGCUCCAGUGGGGAUUGUGGAUCGAUUAUGGGCGGAUUUCGAAUCGAAUAGCACAUUUGAGGAGAAGAUCGAAGCGGCGUUAGUGAUUGGCGCUGGUGAAGCUUGUCUAUGGGCAGAGAGGAUUGUGCUGAAAGACACGCCCCCUCUUCAGAUGUUGCAGCUAUUACCCCUUCUACCGUCGGAUAUGCGCCGCCGAGUGGCAUCUUCUGCGCUGGCCGCUGCAGGUGUGACAGGAGCAGGGGGCGUGGCCCGUGCCAAAGAGGGCGUGGCUGUUGCAGCAGUGAGGGCGCUACUUGCUGCCACACCUAGCUUGGAACUCGUAGACAUUAUUGCUACACUCGCUGAUGAUGAAACGGAAUGCGAUUGGUUUGAAGCAGCAUUAUCGCAAUGGGCGCGCAACGCAGCCGCAAAUGCGUGUGCCGCCUAUAUCCUAACGCGUCUUCACGAACUUUGUUGGGAUGCGCGUACGCGCGGAGUCUUACGUGUUUUGGUUCCUAUGCUACGGGCAAUAGAUCCGUCGCUGGUCGAAGACCUUAUGUCCCAAUGGUCCAAUCGUCUCAUUGGGGCGAUUCGCGUGAAGCCCCGCCCCGGUGGUGAUCGACGUGCGUUGAUCCGUUGCCUACACGAUUACGUACGAGCUCUCACGAUCCUUACAAUUGCGUUCGAAAGAGUUCCGAGAGCACACCACGAGCGACCUGAUGCUAAAUUGCACCAGGAAUUAUCCUCUCAGCCAUUUCAACUGGUUCGGGAAGUCAGCACACUCUGUGUUGCGUUGAGACAAUCCGUGCGAACUGCUUAUGAUGAUAAUCUGCGGGAACUCUGUAGAGUGUUUGAGUGCACCAACUUCAAAUGUCUAAGUGCGGCGCUGUUCUGCCGCCAAGGGGCAUCUUCGACAUUCCGUGCUUUACUCGAUGAUGCCGUAUGGGAGCGUCUCGUUCAGACAUCCAUUUCAUUGCCCAUCGUCAUACAAAGCUACGCUACGCCUAGGCCAGUGGAGACGGCUUCGGUACAAUCGCGCGUUUUUCUCUCUACGCUCACUGAUGACCCACUUUUGUAUGAUUUGCAUGAAGGAGUUCUUCAGACGGAGACAAGCGACGCGGAAAUGGUCGGACAAGAAGGUGUGAUAUGGGUACACGAGUGCGCGAACACGUUAUCGAUACUCUUACGUCACAGCGUGCGUGCGUUGCCACCGGAUCUAUACCUGACACCCAUACGCGCUGCGCUUGCGACGUCACGCACGCGCCCGCUAAGGUGGCUUCUAGCGCAGGCCGUAUGUGACGUACCGUCACUGAUAGAUACCCUACGUGACGAUUUGCUCACUGUCGUACUAGACACGUCAGAAAAUGGCCUAAAUGCAAUACAACUAUACGUACUCAGUGUGGUUAAACCCGUUCCGUUGGAUGUGACACGAGCGACGGAGGUUUUGACUGCCCUAGUCCUGACUGCGGUGGGAUUGGAAUCGCGGUCUCCGAGGUUGCUCAUAGACACCCUUGAAUCGUGGUCGCGCGCUCACGCGGGUUUGGUUUUACCCGACACCUGCUAUAAGGAAUAUGUGGCUGAUUCAGGAAGGAAACGCUGGAGUUGUAUGUCGGUAAUGCGGCGUGUGUGUUCGAGCGGUAUUCGCGUGGCCGGACUUGUUGGGGAAUUGGGAACGGUGGCGGUGUCGGCUGCGAAUGACACGCGCACGCUACGCUCGAUUGGAGUGACGUUGGGCAGCGCACUGACGGCGGACGCGGAUGUGGCGUCCGACGAGAAAGCGCACAAAGCUAUGGUGGCCGUGCGUAAGCAAGGAGGCGCCGGCGCAUACCUCACACUCCUUGCGGCUGCCGCAUCCGUAUAUCCAGCUCUUGUUAAUGCGGACAAUGCCCGGAUCGUAACAGAUAUGGCAACGAAGAUAAUAGGCCGCGACAAACAGAAAUGUCUACGAAUACUUUGUGCAUUUGCGAAAAACGCGAAGCAUAGCGACGAAAAAAUCGCGGAUAUUUUUGACUUGGUGGAGCCGACGGUGUCUUUGACCUGUGAUCCUUUGAUUAUUGAUUUGUGUACCGCGGCCUUACCGUACGCUCGUCAAGCAGCUCGCGACCGCGUCGUAACGAUCGCGGCACAAAUCGCUACGCCUCUCGCUUCACCAAGUCUUCAACGUGCGGCCUAUUUAUUGCUCUUCGCAGAGAUAACACGGCGAGUUGAGGCUGAGCGUGAAGGGAGAAAGGAUGUAGAGCCACCUACGAAACGUCGCGCUGGAUGCGUUCACUCUCCAAUACUCUCGAUGUGGGAGGAUAUGGCGUGGCGCGAGGUUUUAAGCCGUACAGUCUACGCAUUGGAUCAUACGGAUUCUAAUAUUGUCAAGGGCGCAUUGCAAGCACUCUCUAAUGCGCUAUCUGUUGACGAUCACUAUACACGAUUGUCUGAAACCGUGCUCCUAUGUUGUACAUUUGGGUCACGUGGCUUCGACGAUUUGUUACGUCUCUUCUUCUAUGGUGACGAAGAGGCAAAUCAAAUAGACGUGCUAGAAUCUCUGCUAAGCGUGGCACGGGGCUCUGAGGCGGUAACCUGCGUUCUAGCUGGUUCCAUAGCGAAGGUUGCAAGAGGAUCCGCUGCUGAGAAGGAGAGACUGGUUACGAUAUUAGCUGAGAACAUUGCUUCUGGGCCAGUCAUAUUGGAAUUGUUACACACCCUCGUACCGGCAGGGAGACAGAUGGAAUACGGCGGAACGGAAUCACGUGGGCUUUUAAGGGAGCUAAGGCGACGUGCUACGCUUACUGAUGGGGAUUAUUAUACGCUGGGGAAAAUUCCCACAGAGAAGUGCAUUCAAACGUCGGUCGAAUCGCGUUUUUCAAUCAAAGACAUGAGCAAGUGCUUCGGGUGGUUAUGCGAGUGGGAUCGUUGGGGGGAAUUGGGCGAGAGAUCUUGUCGAGUACCGCAGCUUUGGACUGAUAAUGAUUCUUUUAGACGGGAAAUGGAGUCGUAUAAAGGUGAGGUGGGCUGGUUCCGCGCAAUGUGGUCAGGACUUGACACUGAUAGAGACGCAAGUGGACUCUACCGGCUUCUCUUGGCUGCUGAUCGUUGGCCUAGAGAUCCCUUCACGUUAUCUGCUGUAUGGGAACUGGAGAUGUGGAAAGACGGUGAAUUUUUGCAGGAGUGUAACUGGUUGGAGAGGCGGGACCAAGUUUGUUUGGCACAAACUGCUGCACUUCUUAUGAUGAGAUCUCUUCGUUUACAAUCAGAAGAACACUCUACUCAACAGGCAUCCGCUUUACACGAGAACAUGAUAGGGUGGUGUUCGCUGGUUAACAGUAUUCAAGGUGCACCAGAAAAUCUACGAACUACGUUAUUCGAAGACGUGAUUCGAGUUUGCAGUCAACUGGAGCUGGAGACAAUUGACAAUGGAAUUGAGGAGCUGGUGUCGGCGAAGCGUGGGUUGGCCGUUCUCAGGAAUAUUCCAUUAGAAAUGGCUGAUACGCUGGAAUUCGCCCAAGAGAAAUGGCGUGAAUUGAGUGAAAGAUCUAAGGAACCACUUCGUUUGAUGCAACUUAUAUUAAAACUCCAAGCCGAUACCGAUGGUGUGAACAGAGCAUUCGUAGAAGAGGCAAUGACAAAAAUAAAGCAGACCUUAAGUGCCAAAGAGGAGAGUGAGACACGCCCUAUACUUGCGACUGUCGCAGAACAACUAUUCUGGUUAUUUGAGAGAACCACUGAAGUGGAAGAGAAGUACAAUAUAUUAAACCAGAUGUAUGAGACAAUAGAGCUAAGUGGGGGAGUUCGCCAAGCGGGGCCUAUUGUAGACAUUCUUCUAUAUUGUAUGCUGAGAUUGCCACAGGAAUAUCGCCCACAAGCCGUCCUAGAUAAGCUGUCAAAUGCAAGUAAAGACUUGGAGGAGUACCAGCGUGAAGCAGCACAUGAAUGUGGGGUGGGAAUAGCUCAAAUGGAAAAUGAAUGGGCCCCUCUAUUGGCCCUAGUGCGGGACACCCAGCAUGACUUAUUCCGCAUGUGUACUUUGCUCCUUCGAGCUGCAUCUUCAGAGGAUGGGGAAAGAUGGCGUGAGGCCGUUCGUCAAGCUCGUCUUACGUAUCCACAUAAAUUUGACACCUUGUCAGAUGGAGAAAUAGCAGAGGACGCAGUACGAACUAUAAAAAUGGUACAAAAAUCGGCGCAAGCAGCUUUAGAUGCGCAAGGCGAUGGAGUUCUUCUGCCUUUAAUAAAUCUCAGUCCGGCACUGACUCGUUCUGUAUCUGAAUCUCCUACACUAGCGUCUCUUCUUGGCUUGCCCCCACACUUACGAGUCUAUUACUUCGAGCAGAAUGUAGAAGUGUUCGUGGAUAGUGCACGGAGGCCGUGCGUACUGUGUGCGCGUUUGACGAACGGGUCCGUUCGCCGUUGGCUGAUCAAAGCUGAAUCGCCACGAGCUGAUCGAGCCGCUUUCGCCGUGGCUCAUGCUUUACGUCGCUUGCAUCCGUUGAGGGCACAAUAUGUCGGCAGCUAUGUUGUCCGAGCACUGACUUCAGACUGCUCCCUAAUGGAGUUCCUAGAGGACCACAAGCGCCUAGACGAGCUCGCUUCAAACAAUUCAGCGCUAGCUCUACGCGAAGCGAUGCGCAAGCGCAGUGCUACCGCUCAGCACUUUCUAGACAAACAGAGAAGAUUUACCGAAACUGUAGCAGCCGGUACUGUGCUGACUGCGCUUUUAGGAGUUGGCGAUCGGCAUCCGCAGAAUUUACUCGUGAGCGAAGAAGGGGCGUUGGUGCACGUGGAUUGGGCGUGCUCGCCCCGACAUGAUAUGCUGGCCGUUGAACCAACUCCAGUUCGACUCACGCGCAAUAUGAUAGCAUUAGCUACUCCUGGACUGGAGAGCCUAAUACUGGAAUGGAGUGAAUUGAUUCGGGAAUACGCCCCUGAAAUGAUUGCUACUUUGCGGGUAGUCUAUCGAUACUUACCUAACUCUCAACUCUUCAAGCUGGAAAUGAUGGAGCAGCUCGUGCGUGGUCAGCGUGUCAGCCAUCAGCUGCCGUUGCAGCAUUUAAAGCAUCAGCAAAGGCGAUGUGAUUCUCUCGAAUCCGUUCUUGCUGAUCGAUUCCAAGACUUUCCUGACAAGGAAUCAUAUUCGGUACAAGAGCAGCUGGAAAUGAUGCAGCUCGUGCGUGGUCAGCGUGUCAGCCAUCAGCUGCCGUUGCAGCAUUUAAAGCAUCAGCAAAGGCGAUGUGCUUCUCUCGAAUCCGUUCUCGCUGAUCUAUUCCAUGACUUUCCUGACAAGGAAUCAUAUUCGGUACAAGAGCAGGUAUCAAGCCUCCUGCGCAUGAGCACAGAGCCGCGAAUAUUGGCGCUCACGAGACCAACUUGGCAACCCAAUAUGUGA